GGACGUUGCGCCGGUAGAUUUCAGUGGAAUCGCUUCCCUGCUGUGGAUUAUCCCUUGCUGCUACUAUUAUUAUUAUUAUUAUUAUUGCACUGGUUUUAUAUCCUUGGAUCAGCAACAAUCGGGGAUUUGUGUCCAUAGCGGGAUCAUGUAGCUACUUUGUCGCAACUUCAGCAUCUGACAGUACUAUGGGAAUCUACACUUCUGAAGGGAAGGCAAUGCCCAUGGAGUGCCCAGUGUAAGGCAGACGAUUCCCAGGUGUUACAGGACCCCCCCCAUCAGCCCCCAUGGCUGGGAUGUACAACUCUACCUUGAAGACCCUGGAGGACCUGACUCUAGACUCAGGCUAUGGAGCAGAAGACUCAUGUAGGUCCCUCAGCCUUUCCUCUUCCAAAUCAACCUCCCAGCCCCUGGCUUCAACCCAGCACCGGGGCAACUGGUGGUACUACUCCGGCUCCAUGAACAGCAGGAACAGCAGCUGGGACACCAUGAACACGGCUCUUACCGAGGAUCCAGACUUGGUGGACCUGUUUUCCAGAUGCCACCGGUUACCGGAGCUGGAGGACUUCCCUUGGACGGAUGAGGACGUUGGCAAGCUCCUGAGGAAGGGCAAAGGGGAUGGGGGUACCCGGGAGUUCUCAGAGGACGCGGUGAGGAGGAUGGCGGUGUUAUUGAGAAGACCCCUCAUCAGGAUCUCCAGGGAGGCGCAGCGCCUUAGCGUCCUGCACGCAAAGUGCACCCGAUACGAGAUCCAGAGCGCCAUGAAACUCAUCCUUAGUUGGGCACUGUCUCAGAGCUGCGCCCUGGCCACUGUUCGCGCAAUGUCGCUGUACAGUAUGAGCGCAGGGGACGGACUGCGGAGGGGCAAGUCUGCGCGGUGCGGCUUGUCGCUGUCGGUGGGCAGGUUCUUCAGAUGGAUGGUGGAUACCAGGAUCUCAGUGAGGAUCCAUGAGUAUGCGGCUAUUUGCCUGACUGCCUGCAUGGAGAACCUGCUGGAGGAGAUCAGGAGGAGGGUGCUGGCCAGUCAGGGCAAUGAUGGGGCUGAGAUCUCCCUGGAGGUGCUGGACAUGGCCAUCAGUAAUGAUGCGGAGCUAUGGGGAGUCCUACAGCCCUAUGAACAUCUCAUCUGUGGCAAGAAUGCCAACGGGGUCCUCUCCCUCCCUCCUUAUUUCAGUCCCUAUAAUGACGGCGUCCUGGUGGGAGACGAAACAGCCAAUGCCUACACACACCUGGAACUGCGGACGCUGGAACAGUCCCUGCUUGCAACCUGUGUUGGCAGCAUCUCCGAGCUGAGUGACCUGGUGUCCCGCGCGAUGCACCAUUUGCAGUGCCUGACAAGCCUUCGGCCUGGAAUGAGCCCCUUGCGGCACCCCCGGCACCCUCAACAUCACAUCACUUGGUCGCCCGACUCUCUGCACACGCUGUAUUACUUUCUGCGCUGUUCGCAGAUGGAGUCCAUGGAGAACCCAAACCUCGAUCCUCCCAAGAUGGCGCUACACAAUGAGAGGCCCUUCAUCCAACUGCCCCCUCUUAUGGAGUGGAUGCGGGUCGCCAUCACUUACGCAGAGCAUAGGCGCAGUCUGACGGUUGAAAGUGAUGACAUCAGACAGACGGCCAGACUCCUCCUCCCGGGCCUGGAUUGUGAACCGAGGCAACUUAAGCCAGAGUGCUGCUUCAGCUCAUUCCGACGCCUGGAUGCCGGGGCGGCUACUGAGAGAUUCCAGCAGGAUCUAGGGUUCCGAAUGCUCAACUGCGGCCGCACAGACCUCAUUCCUCAGGCAGUGCGGGCUCUGGGGCCCGAUGGGAUUAACACCAUGGAUGACCAGGGGUUGACUCCGCUCAUGUACGCCUGCGCUGCCGGAGAUGAAGCCAUGGUCCAGAUGUUGAUAGAAGCUGGCGCUAACCUGGAUGUGGCUGUCCCCAGCUGUUCACCCCGAUAUCCCUCUGUUCAUCCUGACAGUCGACACUGGACGGCAUUGACGUUUGCGGUGCUCCACGGACACAUCUCUGUGGUGCAGCUGCUGCUGGACGCCGGUGCCGAUGUGGAAGGCUCAGCCAUAAACAGCAGCGAGGACAGCUAUGCAGAGACACCCCUCCAACUGGCAUCGGCCGCAGGUAACUAUGAGCUGGUAAGUCUGCUCCUGGACAGAGGGGCUGAUCCUCUGUUGAACAUGCUGGAGGCCUGCGGCGUGUCCUCGUCCCUGCAUGAAGAUAUGAACUGCUUUAGCCAUGCUGCAGCACAUGGGCACAGGAAUGUUCUGCGCAAGUUGCUUAUUCAGCCUCAGCUCUGUCCGGGGGACGUUCUAUCGCUGGAGGAGAUACUGGCGGAGGGGGUAGAGAGCGACACGUCCAGCAUGGGUAGUAAUGACCGAGGGCCGGUCCGGCUCUGUAAGGCCAGGAUGAAAGCUCUGCAGGAGGCUAUGUAUUACAGUGCUGAACAUGGAUACCUGGAUAUAACCAUGGAGCUCCACAGCCUAGGGGUCCCAUGGAAGAUGCACGUGUGGGUGGAGUCCCUACGGACGUCCUUCCACCAUUCGCACCAUUCGGCGAUGGAGAACCUGCUGCAGGAAUUCUCUUCCAUAAGAGAGGAGGACUACAACGAGGAACUCAUCGGUGAAGGGCUUGCUCUACUCUUCCAUAUCUUCAAAGCCAGUAAAAAUGACGGCAUCGUACAGAAAGUGGCAUCCAUCUUUACUCGUUGCUAUGGGGACUGCCCAAUACCUAGCAUUUCAGAGGCACAAAGCGCACUUCCUGCUCGUCUAGAUCCUCACUUCCUGAACAACAAGGACAUGUCCGAUGUGACUUUCCUGGUCGAGGGGAAACUGUUCUACGCUCACAAGGUCCUGCUGGUCACUGCCUCCAAUAGGUUUAAAUCCCUUAUGACUAAUACACCAGAAAAGGAGGAUCCAUGUGACAGAGCUAUUGAAAUUCGUGAUGUCAAGUACACCAUAUUCCAGAUGCUGAUGCAGUACUUGUAUUAUGGAGGAACGGAGUCAAUUAAAGUCCCCAUGGCUGCUGUUUUAGAGCUCCUUUCAGCGGCCAGUCAGUUCCAGCUCGAUGCCCUGCAGCGACAUUGUGAGAUCAUCUGCUCCCACAGCAUCAACACAGAUAAUGCCGUCAGCAUCUACAAAUACGCAAAGAUCCACAAUGCGCCAGAACUGGCUCUUUACUGCGAGGGAUUCUUCCUACAAAACAUGAAGACUCUCCUGGAGCAGGAUUCCUUUAAACAGCUUAUACACGGACGCAAUAGCAAAGUACAGGGGCUGGAAACCCUGACGGACUUGCAGGAGACCCUGUCCAGCCGCAUAAAGAACGUCUAUAUAUCGUCUCGCGUUUGACCCGGUGGUAGAGUUUCCAUAAACCCUGUAUGAAAUAGGCAGAGAAUUACGCUUAAGUUGCUCUGACCUAUUACCAUCAAUCAAACCCAAAGAGAGCAGACCAGAUCAAAAUCAACUGAGAGGCAGAACCCUGGACCAAGUUUUUGGUAUAAAUGGUCUCCUGGAUUAACGG